CACCCAGGCUGGAGGAGGAGGCAGAGAGCCCGGUGUGUUACAGCCCCAGUGUCCCUGGUGUGUGUGUACGAGAGAGAAGCGGCCCUGCCUGCGCCAUCUGUCACCAUGGGCAUCCGCAAGAAAAGCAGCAAGACCCCGCCGGUGCUUAGCCAUGAAUUCAUCAUCCAGAACCAUGCGGACAUCGUCUCCUGCCUGGCAAUGCUUUUCCUGCUGGGGCUGAUGUUUGAGAUCACGGCCAAAGUAGCUGUCAUGUUUGUCACUCUACAGUAUAAUGUCACCAUUCCAGUUGAGGGUGUACUUGCGGAACCCGUUUCUUUGUAUCACUACGGCAUGAAAGACUUGGCAACUGUGUUCUUUUACAUGCUUGUAGCAAUAAUACUGCACGCAGUUAUCCAGGAAUACAUCUUAGAUAAAAUUAACAGGCGGAUGCAUUUUUCAAAGACCAAGCACAGCAAGUUUAAUGAGUCUGGGCAGCUGAGUGCUUUCUACCUUUUCUCUUGCAUAUGGGGAGCCAGUAUCAUUGUGUCGGAGAAUUAUUUUGCAGAUCCUACAAGCUUAUGGAAAGGAUAUCCCCAUACUUAUUUCCCAUUCCAGAUGAAAUUCUUCUACAUUUCCCAACUGGCGUAUUGGUUCCAUGCUUUUCCAGAGUUGUAUUUCCAGAAAACCAAAAAAGAAGAUAUUCCUCGUCAGCUGGUGUACAUCGGCCUUUACCUCUUUCACAUCUUGGGUGCCUAUGUGUUAAAUCUAAGUCGGUUGGGCCUUGUGUUGCUCGUUCUCCAUUACUUCGUGGAGUUCCUUUUCCACAUGUCACGCCUUUUCUACUUCAGUAAUGAAAGAUACCAGAAAGGGUUCACGCUGUGGGCUGUCCUUUUUGUUCUGGGCCGUCUUCUCACUCUCAUCCUGUCUGUGCUCACGGUUGGAUUUGGCCUUGCAAGAGCAGAGAAUCAGGCUUUAGACUUAAGUUCUGGGAAUUUCAACAUUUUAGCCAUCAGAAUCAGUGUGCUGGCAUCUAUUUGCAUAACUCAGGCGUUUAUGAUGUGGAAGUUCAUUAAUUUCCAACUCAGAAGGUGGAGAGAGCAUUCAUCCCCCAAGCCUUCCUCUCAUAAGAGAAAAACUGUCUCCGCUAAAGCCAAAUCCUCCCGAAAGGAGAAAGAGAAUGGAGUCAAUGGAACAUUGACAUCUAACGGAGCAGAUUCCCCCCGAAACCGUAAAGAGAAAUCAUCUUAAAGAAAAAAAGGAAAGAGAAGAAAAAGCAUUUUGCAUCCAAUGUACUUUUUCCCCAAAGAGAAGUUGCCUUUUGCUGUACAGAGCCCCACAGCACUAGAUUUCUUACUGUUACAACAAAUAAUGCAAUGUGUUUCUAUCUGACAGUAUGUCACGAACCUUUAAACAGUA